CCGGUAAAUACAAUCAACCCACACCACCCGUUUUGUAUAAAAUCUAAAAAGUUUCUACGAAUAACUUCAGUAAUAGAUAAGGUAUUGUAAGGAACAAAUUUAAAAACUAAAAUCUUUGGGAAAGUAGUUAACACUUCACAAUGUUUAGGAUUGCAAUUUUUUGUGUGCUAAGUUUUGCCAUUUUGCAAAAUACGGAAGCCGUGUGUGGAGUAUGCAAUCAAAACGGUGCAGCCUGUAUUAGUGAAAAUGAAUUUCAUAUGUGUUUUGAGGGUAAACCCGACACCAGUAAAACUUACAAAUGUCCAAACUCUGGUGAUUUGUGUACCAGAUUUUCUCAAAUCUGCGUUGAUAGAAAAGAAGCGCCUAAUGCAACGCCAGCCUGUGGUGAUACAUCGAAUUGCGGCAAAUGUGAAACUGUCUUGGAUGGUUCAUUCACCUGCACUAGCCGUACCACGUAUACAAUGUGUAAGGGAUAUAAACUAUCCGGAUUACGUUUCAAAUGUCCCGAAUAUUAUAUGUGCGAUGUCGCACUGGCGUCUGAGGGACAAAAUCCAUGUGUUCCUGAUUGUAAAGAGAGUUCCAUCACUUUUUGUGAUCUAACAAAAGCAAUUGAUGAACCGGAGACAACAACCACAGAGGGUUAUACAACAACAACGCCAAUGGAACCCACAACGACACCAGAGGAGCAAACAACCACAACAGAGCCCAAUACAACAGAACCCGUUCCGUCGAUACCCACUACUACAACAGAUAUACCUACUACCGUUCCAGUUACGUCAGAAUCCACACCAACAACCAUUCCCACCACCCAACCACCAACAACAACUUCAACUACAGAAGUACCCACUACUCAACCACCAACAACAACUACAGAAAUACCCACCACCCAACCACCACCAACAACAACAACAACUACAGAAACACCCACCACCCAACCACCACCAACAACUACAACUACAGAAAUACCCACCACCCAACCACCACCAACAACAACAACCACACAAAUUCCCACCACUCAACCACCGCCAACAACAACCACAGUUUACGCCCCAACACCCACCACCACACCCGAACCGACCACAACUGAAUUGCCAACCACAACGACAACAACUGAAAAUCCAGCCGAUGUUUUAUGCUCCCAACAAACAGCCGUUGGUCGGUAUCCACAUCCAACCGACAAUACGUGCAGAAAAUACAUCAACUGUUAUCUCAGAGAUGGUGUCAUGAAGUCGACUACAAUGUCAUGUCCAGGUCAACUGUAUUUUGACGCCGCAACAACAUUGUGUGCCGAGAACAAGCCGGAAGGAUGCGUUUAAUGAUUUGGCCAAGGAGAUUAGAAGAUGUAUAGUUGAGGUGAAUUUGUAUAUAGAUGUGCUAUAGUCCUCAUCAUUUGUUAAAUAAAUACCAAUAUUAUAUGAUUAA